UACAGGUGACCGACCGCACGCCAACAAAAGCAGUCGCCGCCCCAAAACAAAGCAUGGCUCAAACACAGUACAAACUAACCGACGUACAGGCGCGCAAUGGCAAGCUUGGGGCUCCUGUCUGGGUCGUGUAUAAAGACUCCGUCUAUGAUGUCACCAGUUACGUCGAUCAGCACCCUGGAGGCAACGACGCCAUCUUGGCAGAAGCAGGCACCGACGCCACGAGCGCUUUCCAAGAUGUCGGCCACUCAGAUGACGCGAGGACCAUUCUCGCCAAAUUCAAGAUAGGAGAGAUUGUAGAGGAGGAGAAAAAAUACGACGCCAAUGGAAAGAAAAAGAAGAAGGUUGUGGCGGCUAAAGACGAAGACACGGGAAGAAGUUGUUUAAGCACUGUCACUUGUGGUCUGCUAGGCUAGACAACACUAGGGUAUCUCAAAUCUACACGGUCGGCUUAGGUUG